AUGUCACGUCCAUGCCGUCGUCCUUGCCAGAUUGGUACCUCAGAGCUCAGUGUCAUGGCAUCCAUGGGUGAAUAUAUUCUGGUUUUACCAAGGAAGUGUUUUGUUACAGUGUCUAAUGCAUGUGUGAUGGUGCAGGUGGAGGGUCUGAUGAAGCUGAUGGAGGGGGAGCACGUGGGGCCCUUCAACCUGGGGAACCCGGGGGAGUUCACCAUGCUGGAGCUGGCCAAGGUGGUGCAGGACACCAUCGACCCCAACGCGCGCAUCGAGUUCCGGGCAAACACCGCCGACGACCCGCACAAGCGCAAGCCCGACAUCACCAAGGCCAAGGAGCUGCUCGGGUGGGAGCCCAAGGUGGCGCUCCGGAACGGCCUCCCGCUCAUGGUCCAGGACUUCCGCGCCCGCAUCUUCGGCGACCAGAAGCAGCAGCAACCCGACGGCGCCGAGUAG